AGGAGGUAGGGAUAGGAGUUGCUGGGUAAGAGGUUAAGCACCGCGAGAUGGGGUCUGUUUUAUUCCUUCAGGUACGCGAAGUACCAAUGGUACGCUUUACCCAGCAUUAGCCAACCUCAUGUUGAGAUUGAAUAAGGGUAGCCGAUUAGCUCCGAAAACCAAAAAGGAAAUAUCCAUUUACUAAGUAACGCAAAAGUUGGCCCUUUAAAACCCCCGUCCCCCCAAUGUCACUCUUCGGUCAAUCCCCUCUCCCCCUCUGAGCGUUACGUAAUUUAUGAAUGCUCCCAAAGUCCACUACGUCAUAACUCCGGAUAGCGCAGUAAGGACUUAAUACUGUGAAUAGUGCCAUGGUACUUCAUAGGCUCCGGUGGCAGUUAGGUCUCUAUCAGACCCCCUAACCAUUCCUUCAUAGGCACGUAACUGACCCCGCCGUAAAAUGGUAUGAGCAACUGAACGUGGAAUUAAAACAACUGAACCAUGAGGCAGCGUUGUACGCCUGGGAAUCGAGCACUUUACCCACACAGUUGGUAACGAUGGAGAAAAUAAUCCAUCUGACUAGGCGGAAAGCCCACUGGGAGCGAACUAUGUGCAAGCGCGGGCAACCGUACAGAGAUUUCAACGCCAGUCUGGAUAGAGCAUUCCAUCUUCUGUGUCGAUCGCCGCAGUAUAACGACGACGAGAUAAGUGAUAUGGCUAAACUUUUGGGAUACUUACAAGGAUUAUAUACAGAAACAAAAAUAUGCAUUGAUGACAUCUCCAAAGUCUGCGAAGAAAAUGGUUUGCUUUGGGAACGAACAUAUUUUCAAUACCCGGACUUCACAAUGCAACAGCAAAGUAAACCAUUGUCGUCUAAAGAAAGCAGAGGAGAAAUUUGCAUGCACGGUGAACCAGAAAUGGAACAAAUUAUGGCAAAAGAGACUUUGUUUCUCAAUGUGUCUAAAAAUUGCUCGAUUGGACAAAAUAGUUUACACAGUUGGGCAUGGCAGUCAUGGAGAUUAGCCGUGGGACCUCCUUCGAAGCAAUUUUACCGACAGUUGAUGGAUCACAUGAACACCGGCGCUCGUAGGAUGGGUCUGGCGGACAUUGGAGAGUCGUGGCGAGCGGAGUUGGAAACACCGAAUCUGAAGGAACUGGUCAACCGACUGUGGCUGCAGGUGAAGCCUCUCUAUCGGAAGCUACAUGCCGUUGCUAGAUAUUUCCUGAAACGGAAGUACCCUGAAGUGGAGAACUUUAAUCCUGCAGGAUUAAUUCCGGCGCAUAUUUUGGGAGACAUGUGGAGCCAGAAUUGGGAGUCGUUAACUGGCUCUAUAUAUCCGCAUCAGGUCGACAUUGAAGAGAGCUUCAUGCGGAAGAAUUGGACAGGAGAACAGUUAACCAAACGCGCGGAGGACUUCUAUUCGUCGAUGGGACUGCCAAUGAUGACCAAAACUUUCUGGGAGAAGAGUAUUUUUGAACAAGGGAAAAACGUUACGAAGUGCCAUGGAACUGCUGCGAAUAUGUACGAUAACGGAGAUUUCAGGAUGAUUGUUUGCGCUGGAAAUUCAAUGAACGAUUUUUACGUUAUAAUGCACGAGAUGGGACAUAUCAUGUACUACAUGCUGGCUUCCGUUCAACCAACAAUAUUUCAGGAUGGCACCAACUCUGCCUUCCAGGAAAGUAUUGGAGAUACAAUUUAUUUGUCAGCUAUGAACCCCCUUCAUCUUGUCAGGAUCAACCUCCUAAACUCAUCAUACCUGUCCCCGGAAAGUGAUCAACAGCUAAAUUCAUUCGACUAUGUGCUGCUGCUCAAAAUUGCUCUCGUUAAAAUCUCAUCUCUGCCAUUUUCGUACAUCAUGGAUCGCUAUCGAUGGGCUUUAUUCGACGGCUCGAUUGACUUCGAUGCGGAUGCCAACAAUUAUUUUUGGCAUCUAUUGGAAAACGAACAAGGGAUCAAACCGCCCUCCAAGAUAGAUCGGAGCAUGUUCUUCGAUGCUGCCGCAAAGUACCAUUUACCGGACAAUACGCCCUAUGUACGAUACUUCCUGGCAAAUUUUUUGAGUUUUCAAAUUUUGGAAGGACUUUGUCGGAAGUCGAUAUUCGGCAGAGCGGAUUCACCAAACGAUCUUCCCGUACCACUGCAUCGGUGUGAUUUGUAUGGUUCGAAGCGAGCUGGGAGGUUGUUAGAAAAAGCUUUGGGUUUAGGUGGCUCUCAGCAUUGGACAGUAGUGUUGAAAAAAUUAACCGGAAGCGAGAAAAUAUCGGCGGACGCGAUGUACAGGUACUUUGAUCCGCUGAUAAAGCUACUUGAUAAUCUAAUAAAGAAGUUAGAUAUUCCUGUUGGAUGGUAGUAAAAAAAAUACUUAUGAAUAUUUUUAUGUAAGUUUAUUUGUAGAAAUACAUCAAUGUAGUUGCUGCUCUCUUUAAUGUGUAAA